AUGAUUACCAUGAACGAUAAUAAUGAUAAUGAUGGUGGUAGUGAAAUCUCGUUUAUAGAUGCAUGGUUUGCUAAUGCAAAGAGUGGCAAUCAAUCGGAGGUCUGUGAACUUCUGAGAUUGAAGAAAGUGCCAAUCGACAGUGCCGAUCACCUCGGAAACACAGCACUUCACUACGCAGCAACUGCCGGACAUGCUUCAGUUGUAGAAUCACUUAUCAAGAGUGGUGCAAAUGUAAAUUCUCAAAACAAAGUUGGUGAUGCUCCACUUCAUAAAGCAGCAGCAAGAGGAAGAUUAGAAUGUGUAAAGUUAUUGGUUAAUCUGGGCAAAGCAAAUAUUGAUCUAAAGAAUAAAGAUGAUGAAAUUCCAAUCGAUUUAACUAAAGAUUCAAAUAUUCAAUCCGAACUGCUACCCGUUUGUAAUGAUUUCGAUGAUGAUGACUCUGAUGAUGAUAAAAAAGAUGAUUCAGAUUAUGACAGUGAAGAAGAAGGUGAUGAUGAAUAA